AUGUUCCCUCACCCUUCUCUACUCUACACUCCCUCCCGCCACUUCCUCCGCCGCCGCCACCACCACUACCGCCACCACCACCUUCUGCCAGCGUCUCCUCUUCUUCACCGUUUCCUCUCAACUCUCUCACACACACUAUCACACCCUAUCUACACCAUAUGGGCUGCCAACACAGGUCUUGGCAAAACCCUCGUUUCCGCCGGUCUCGCUGCCUCCUCCAUCCUCUCUUCCUCACCGUCCCUUUCAAAAUUGGUCUACAUCAAACCCCUCCAAACCGGCUUCCCUCUCGACUCCGAUUCCGGCUUUGUUUACGAUAAAAUUUCUCAACUUUUCCUCCAACGUAAUCCCCAAGCAACUCUCCUCGCUUCCGAUCACACCCUUAACGUUUCGAUCCCGGCUGCAAAAUUGAAAAUUGGUAACAGUUUUAGUGUUGGAGAAUUGGAAGAAACUGGAGAAGGGUGGUCCAGUAAGAAUGGGUUUGAAGAUUUUGGUUUUUAUGAAGAAAAGAAGGUCGGGGCUGGUGAGGAGGUGGGAUCCGAGUUGAUAUGCAAGACAAUGUAUGCGUGGAAAGAGGCGAUAUCGCCUCAUUUGGCUUCUGAGAGAGAAGGUGCAAUUGUGGAGGAUUCUGAUUUGUUGGUAUUGUUGAAGAGGUGUUUGGAGAUUGGGGUGGGAAUUAAGGGUAAUGGUGGGAGUAGUGUUCUGUGUUUGGUCGAGACUGCAGGUGGUGUUGCUAGUCCAGGAUCAUCUGGUUCGCUUCAAUGUGAUUUGUAUAGGCCAUUUCGGUUACCUUCCAUUCUUGUGGGUGAUGGAAGAUUAGGGGGUAUUUCAGGAACGAUUUCAGCAUACGAAAGUUUGAUAAUACGAGGUUAUGAUGUUGUUGCUAUUGUGCUGGAAGAUCAUGGCCUCGAAAACGAAGUCCCAUUGUCGUCUUAUCUGAGAAACAGGGUCCCAGUUCUUGUUCUUCCGUCUAUCCCAAAAGAUCCCUUAGACAACCUGAUGGAGUGGUUUGAUGAAUCACAGAGUGUUUUUGAUUCACUGAAGGGGAUAAUGCUAUCAUCAUUCCAAAAAAGAAUCGAUAGACUACAUGAAAUGCCAAAGAAGGCUCAAGAGAUCUUUUGGUGGCCCUUUACUCAGCACAAGCUUGUACCAGAAGAAAAGGUCACAGUCAUUGAUUCUCGUUGUGCAGAAUAUUUUGCAGUUCACAAGGUGAAGGAUCAUGGCUGUAUUACUCAAAUGUUUGACGCUUGUGCAAGCUGGUGGACACAGGGCCCUGAUGCUGCUUUACAGACUAAGUUGGCACGGGAUAUGGGUUACACUGCUGCAAGGUUUGGGCAUGUAAUGUUCCCUGAGAAUGUUUAUGAGCCAGCCCUCGAAUGUGCUGAACUUUUGCUUGAAGGUGUAGGAAAAGGAUGGGCUUCUCGAGCAUAUUUUUCUGACAAUGGAUCUACGGCAGUUGAAAUUGCUCUCAAGAUGGCAUUUAGGAAAUUCUUGGUCGAUAAUAAAUUGCUUUUGGACCUUCCUCAGGAUAACACCAUUGACAGCAGUAUCGAGCUUAAGGUGGUAGCACUUGUAGGAUCUUAUCAUGGGGAUACAUUGGGUGCUAUGGAUGCACAGGCCCCAUCAUCCUAUACUGGUUUUCAUCAGCAACCAUGGUACACUGGAAGAGGCAUUUUUCUGGAACCCCCGAUAGUUUCAAUGUGUGACGGAGUCUGGAAAAUAACCAUUCCUGGAAAGAUGAAUGCUGAAGAUGUGAUUUUGGAAGAGAGGUCCUUUAGUUCCCGUGAUGAAGUUUUUAAUAAAAGCAGAGACGAUUCAAGUCUUGUUUCCAUUUAUUCGUCGUAUAUAUCACAAGAAUUGCUGCUAAGUUCAGGAUCAAGAAAGUUUUCUCAUGCUGCAGCAUUAAUUAUUGAACCAGUGAUACAAGGGGCUGGUGGCAUGCUGAUGGUCGACCCCCUGUUUCAACGCACACUUGUUAAAGAAUGUCGAAAUCGAAAAAUUCCGGUUAUCUUUGAUGAAGUUCUUACUGGUUUCUGGCGCUUGGGAGUGGAGUCUGCAGCAGAGUUGCUUUUGUGUCAACCAGAUAUAGCCUGUUUUGCUAAGUUAAUGACUGGUGGCAUGAUACCAUUGGCUGCUACAUUGGCGACCAAUGCUGUUUUUCAAUCAUUUGUUGGAGAUUCAAAGCUAAAGGCUCUUUUGCACGGACACUCGUAUUCAGCCCAUGCUUUGGGAUGUGCAGCUGCUUGUAAUUCCAUUAAAUGGUUCAAGGACUCCGAAACCAACCCUAAUUUGAUUCCUGAACAAAAUCUUUUGAGAGAGUUAUGGGAUACACAACUAGUUCAGAAGAUCUCAUUUCACCCAGCAGUUCAAAGAACAAUUUCAUUGGGAACUCUCUUUGCCGUAGAGCUCACAGUGGACGACUAUGAUGCGGGUUAUGCAUCUCUUUGUGCUACGUCUCUGCUUCUGAAGCUCCGAGAAGAUGGUAUCUUCAUGCGGCCUUUGGGAAAUGUCAUUUACAUGAUGUGUGGGCCGUGUACAUCCCCCGAGGUUUGCUUGCGAAUGUUGGAGACGCUCUACACAAGACUUGAUGAGUUCAAACAUGAGAAAAUUCAAAAGGCCAAUGAAAUAUGAACUUUGAUCAUUGAAUCACCUUUUUGCUUGUAGUUCUCAGAAACAAUAUGUUUAGGGGGAAGAUUGAAGAAGGCUCAACUAUGCUUUUUCAGAUAAAUUAUGUCAUGUAAAUUUUCGUCUUUUGAAUGGUUUUUAGCAAAGAUGAACGUCAUUUCGGGUUGUUAGUUGAAAUGCCAAAUAUA